GAUAUCAGUUGCUUGUAUUCUAAUGUGAAACGUGGCGGUGUUCCAUUCUCUAUGCUUCUGUCAUUGUUUUCGAGCCAAUCAUGUCAGAUUACGACCAGCUUUUCUGUAUUAAACUAGCGAAAGCAGUGAAAAAGCAUCCAUGCCUCUACAAUUACAAUUUGCCGAAUUAUUCGAGCAAGGCGGCUUUGGACGCGGCGUGGGUUGUUGUAGCGAAGGAAGUUGGUACGACUGUUCCCAAAUGUAAGGAUAAAUGGAGAAAUAUCAGAACAGUUUUCUCUAGGAAUCUGAGACGUGGUCGCGCAGGAGACCAAAAGAGAAGACCUUACUAUUUGAAAGGAUUGCUCCAAUUCUUGAUUCCCUUCGUUAAGACUUCGCGUUCUGGUUCUAACAAAACCUCAAACGUCGAAGCUCUAGAGAAUAUUGAAACAGAAUCGAAUAAUGAUGUAAUCGAGAUAAAAUCCGAAACAUUGGAUGAAGAUGGAACAUGUGAAGUGGAUCCACAGCCUCCAGUUGCUACUACUGAAUCAUACAGUUCUAUCCAAUAUAUUCCGACAUCAUCCUUAAUGACAACAGACGCCUUAAGUGAUGUCCUCAGUAAGAACAAUGCUUCUGAAUAUAAUUAUAUUCCGAACAAUGAGGUUGAAGAAAAGAUAUACAGCACUAGAAAAAUGUUUUUGCUCAGUCUUUUGCCAGAUGUAGCCUCCAUGACAGCGAGCCAGUUUCGGAAGUUCCGUUUGAUGGCGCUAUCAUCUGUAGACCGUAGUUUGUCAUGUAGCGCCGAAACUCAUGAGAGACGCCGUUCAGAUUUCAAUAUCGGAAUGGAUGCACACAGUCAAUUUGUCCGUCAAAUGCAAGAACCAUCCGCAGACUCAUCAGGAGAGAUUGUAAAAACUGAACCUGUAGUACAGGAAUCUCCUUUGCCUGUAGCAGAAUCCGUUGUCAGCAUCGACACGUCUAGGGUGGACAGGAUCAAUAAAAACGAUGCUUGUAGUUACUUUGGUAAAUAUAUAGCAGAAGAAAUUCGACCUCUACCGAUUCAACGGAGAAUGUUGGUCCAAAAGGAAAUCCAUGAAUCUAUAAGUGCAGCGUUGAUCGAUAUGAAUACUCAAAUUAAUAAUAAUGACCAUUCUGUUGUGUAGUUAUUAUAGUUAUAUUUAUAAUAA